AUGGACGUCAUCCCAACCAAACGAAAUGUCGUGAAACUAGCCUCAACCUUCUAUGAUCCACUUGGUAUAGUGGCACCAGCUAUCCUAAGGUUCAAGAUGCUGUUCCAAGAGCUGUGCCAAAUGAAAUCCAGAUGGGAUGACCUGCUGGAAAAUUCCUUACUUGUGAAGUGGAAUAACCUAGUGCAAGACCUCCAACGAGCAGCUAGUAUAACCAUACCACGUUGCUACUAUCCUAUGAGUCUACAUCAGAACUGUGAGUUAGUGUAUAAAAUUCAUGGAUUUUGUGAUGCCUCAGCGAAGGCCUACGGGGCAGUGAUCUAUCUUGUAGUGAUGUCACACAGCACAAGGACAAUCAGAUUCCUGGUAUCAAAGACUAGCCAAAGAGUAACCCCUGUGUCCGGAAUGACAAUCCCACGUCUAGAACUCCUGUCAGCACUUGUUCUUGCUAGACUGAUUAGAACGGUGAAGGAAGCACUAAAGUUUGAGAUCACUAUUGAUGAGACAUAUUGCUGGUCAGAUUCUAGAGUUGCUCUGGCAUGGAUAAAAGGAGUGAAGUCUGAAUGGAAACAAUUCGUCCAGAAUAGAGUGAAUGAAGUACGUAAACUUGUACCAGUGGACACCUGGGGACAUUGUCCAGGCUCGAUGAAUCCUGCCGAUAUCGCCUCAAGGGGCAUGGCACUAGAAGAACUGUCACAGUGUUCUACCUGGAUUGAUGGUCCUUACUGGCUAAAACAGAGUGACACCCCAGAUAAUCCCGAUGUCCUCCCUGAAGAGGAUGACCUGUCACAGAUGGAUCUACCCAUUGAGUGCCUCGACGAAAUGAAGGUGAAGGCGAAGAGAGAGCUGGUCAUGCUGACCACAGAGCAUGAAUUUCCUGCCAGAAUUGGAACCAUUAUGGAUAUUACUGACUUCAGUACACGGAGAUCACGUCUGAGAGUUACGGCCCAUGUGUGUUGA